AGAAGUCUAUUAUUGAUUUUACAUAGUUAACAGUUUGCAAGAUCUAGUACAAAAGUUAUUGUAAUAUAUAAAACAACAAGGUUAGGAAUUUUCGACUGUAUCCGUAACAGCUGAUAUGUAUAUUUAGAGGAAACAAAGAACGCAUUUAGUAUUUAAAAAAAGUAAUGCACAAUGUCUCCUGACCCUACACAACAACCAAUCGAGGAAGCAUUAACUGCAGCAAAUGUACAAUUUGAAGCUAGAGCAGUAACUGAAUCAGAUAGUGAAGAUGAUGAUGUAGGAAUGGCAGGAUACGAACCCUUGUCUCAAAUACCUACAGAUAGCGAUCCAAUGUUAUACGAAGACGAAGAUGAUGAAUGGGUAUCUAACAAUGAUGAACCUAGUCAGACAUUGUCACUACCGACAUUAGAUUCCCAUCAUGAUUGUAUGUCAGAGACAAUUGAAGUUUGGUCAUCUUCUCGUAAUCGAUCGAACAUUGAUAUGGAUGCAGAUAAGAUCAAUCAAGUGAAAUCAAUGAUGGCAUCUUUCACUCUACCGACAACAGCAAUUCCAGAUUGGGCAAACACUAUAUCUGAAGAACAAUGGAAGGAACAACUGAUUGGACGCAUUAAGGAAAUGCAAAAUAGGGAAGCUUAA